AUGAGAACCAAAACGCGAGGUGGCAGAGCUCGUCUCUCUAAAUUGUCUUCACCAACUCUACCUCCAACCGCCAAAACCUGCUCACUUGUUUUUCCCACUCUCAAACUGGAUGAAGCAAAUGGAAACAAUGAUGAUAUUAAUACGGCUUCAGCUUUUAGUGAUAUUGGGACUGAUAAUCUAGUAGGAAUGCCUGGUGGUCUAGGUUUCAGUGGAGAGUUUAUGGAAAUGGAUUGGUCAGAUGGAGAGAGUUGUAUUAUAUGUGAUAAAAGUGGCAGGAAUUUGUUGGUUUGUAGUGAAAUUGGCUGCGCACUUGCCCUUCAUGAGAACUGCAUGGAAUCUGGACCUAAAUUUGAUGAUGUAGGGAACUUUUACUGCCCUUAUUGUUGGUAUAAGCGUGAAAUGGUGAGGACUCAAGAGUUGAGGAAGAAAGCUAUGGAAGCAAAGAGAGCGUUGCUGCAUUUUAUUGAUUCGAAAAUGGAUGGUGAUGAUAAAGGGAAGAAGAAUGGUGGAAGAGAUAAAGAGGAGGAGCUGAAUGUUUCUCCUCCUGUUGGAGAGAAAAACUUUGGUGAUUGUGAGGAUAGGAAGGAUGAUAAUCAACUUGAGAGUCAAUUUGUGGAAGUCGAGGAUGAUCAAGAAAAUAAUGAGGACACUGCAAAAUUAGUUGACUCCUGUGAUCAAUGUAAGACAGCUGUUGAACACCAAGGUGAACCUCUUUCAGAUGAUCAAAGUAUGAAGAAAUCACCGGGGGUCAAGUCACCUGUGAAUAUCACAAAUAAAGAAGGAUCCAGUAAGGAAAAUUUAUCUGAAAGUCAUGAGUUUGAAGUUUUAGAAGAUGAAGAAGAAAUACGAGUGGAGGAUUCAGGACAAGUUGAUGAUAGUGGAAACGAAAGGACUGUUGAAGAUCCACCACAAACAGAGCCCUGUAUUGCUUCCAGAGUACAAGAAAAUGCUGCGGAUGGUCCACAUCAGGAAGAAGGAAGAGAAAUACGUGUAUCUUGUUCUGUAAAGCUAAAGCGAGGAAGAAUGGAGGAUGAAGAGAAAAUUCUCCCGGAAACAUCAGGAGCUGAAAUGUCUGAUUCUGAUGCACAGACACUCUUAAUGCGUCAGAGGCGUGUUGGACAAAAAAGUAAGAAGAAAGCGCAUCAGAAUGUUGAUGCACCAAAGAAACGAUCCUCCCGACUAAAUGCCACUCCAAAGAAAAUUGCUAGGACUCACAAUGAGAAAGUAACUGCCUCAAAAGAGCCUAGUCUACAAAAAGCAGCCGCUAAGAAAUUCACAAGCCAGAUGUUUUGUAAUGAGAAGCGUAAGAGACUACACUGGACGACUGAAGAAGAAGAAAUGCUCAGGGAAGGAGUGCAGAAAUUUUCAACUAAAGUGAACAAAAAUCUACCUUGGAGAAAAAUUUUGGAAUUCGGUCGCCAUGUUUUUGAUCCAACUCGUAAUCCAGCUGAUCUCAAGGAUAAAUGGAGGAACAUCAUGGCCAAAGAGUCCUCAACUGUCAACAGGAGCUAAUGUUGAUUACAUUGGUGAUUGGACUCAACAGGAAGAAGGUUUAUCAAAUAUAGCUGCGAAUUGCAUUUUGGCCCCAAAAGAAUGUGGUAAGCGGAGUUAGAAAUACCAUCAUCGAUGUAGUCUUAAGAGGCUAUUUGAGGACCCUGACUGAACAAUUCAAGGCUGUUUUACCCUCGAACAUAAUCAAGAUCUAAAAUGUACAACGCAAUGAAGAAAGAAAGCAAUAGAAUAUCAGCUCUUUGCUAACCAGUUCAUUACCUGAAGUAAAUCCAAAUGUCCGCUAGUACUGCCUUUCUGAGGCAGGUAUACCCAGUAAAAUUCGAAAGUAUAUUAUAUUAUGUUGCAAUUAAAACUCUGUAUCAGGCUUCUUAGACAUACUUAAAGAAACAAAAUUUUGAAAUGGAAAUAAACCACUAAGAAAUUGUCUUGAAAGCAGCCUGUUUUAGUAAAUGUGUUUUGUGUUGUCUUUCUCUCUGCUGACGGGAACUCUAGUCAGCCGGAGCCUGAGGAUUGUUCGUAUAAUUAUCAAUACUCCAAACCCGAGGAAUCGCAUGGACACGGCCCAAAUAGUUGAGGCGAAGUGCAAGAAUCAGUAUAUGCUAAAUCUGUGUGGAUAAAUUUUCAAUCCUGGAGCAUUUCCUAUCUGUAAUUCACAGCUUUAUCAAUAAAGUUUAUUAUAAAAUAUGAACAUUUAUAAAAUAAAUGUUUUGUUUGUAAAUUACAAUUAUUCGUUUCUUAAAAGAUAACAUCCAAU